GUGGGAGGGCGCUGAAGAAGGGCAGAGCGAGGCAGUGAAGAAGGAGGUUGCUGAGGGUGCCGGUGGCUACAGCAUCUCUGCCAAGCUUGAACCAGCAACCAUGGCUGGCCACGACUCAGGAUCUCAACACCAGUUCACUGGAUUUCAGAAGUACUUCAAUUCCUAUACCAUCACAGGCAGGAGGAACUAUGUAAUAGCAACGUAUACAGGCAUUGCAAUGCUCGUCUUGUAUUUCAAGCUUAGACCUAAAAAGAAGACUCCUGCUGUGGCAGAUAAGUAAAUGGUUUCUGGCAUGUCUGAAGCGCCAAUCUGUGUCAAUGUAAAGGAAGCUGAUGUCCUUUGAUGGCUAAUAAAAUAUAAACAAUUAUUUGCUUUAUUGAAAAAGUGACAUGGUGCAAAGAAGCACAAGUGGGGUACUUCUUCCUAUUUCAAAAAUAAUUUGUGGUGGAGAUGGAGUAGCUGAGUAUUUCAUCUCAUUUGCUGUUGUAACACAUCUUAAAAUGACCUGAGCACUUGGUAGUGAUUUAGGAAAGAUCUCAGCAGCAUGAUCUUAGCAAGCGCAGAGCUUACAGCUGCUCAAAGCAUCUCUAUGUUGCCAAGUGUCAUAGUGGACAGCAGUAAACUUGCAUGGCUUGCAAUUACUUGGUUGUGCUGCUUACUCGCUUUUUUUUUUUUACACUUCCAGCUACUAGCUUACAUGGAAACCAUUACUUUACUAAUGAUAAUGCAAUGCAGAAUGGCAGUCAACUGUAGCCUCUGUUGCCUGUAUUUCAUGUAGAAUCUUUCUGAUUUUGAGUGAAAACAUCCCACCAUAGAGAGAUCAAAUCUUAGCACGCGUUCCUUACUUUCUCAAAAUGUUGACCUGUAUAUACAGCCAGCUCUGCCCACUGCUAAAGGUGGUAUAUCAUGUUCUCUACCCACUGUCUUUCUACAACAAAGUUCAGUAAAAUUCAGUUCCUUAGAUGAAGAUGAUUACAUAGCACAGUGCUUCUUGGAAGGUCACCAGCAACGAGGGUUGGAGCUGGGACCUGUGCUGCAAAAGCAUGAGGCAAAAAAAAAAAAGCAAACACUAUGAGGAGGUAAGCAUGGUUACUGGCAAAGAGAGUGUAGGUCAGAGGAAAUUACACGAGGUUCUUGUGCUCUCCCUCCAUCCUUAAUUUAUUAUUAAAGCCAUCCUUCUGAAUAAAUCUAGUCUUUCUGUUGGUUUACAUCAACAGCCUCUGCCCUUUAUGACUUUCCAGCCGAACAAUAAUUGUUGUAACAGUGUAAUACAUCCAUUUGGCUAAAAUGUAUCACACGUAUUUAAUUCUAACUGUAAGUUCAACAACCAGUCAUCAACUGCUGAACUACUUUGUUUCUCCUAGCAGAGUACUCACUUUUGAAAGCACUGCUCUCACAUCCGCUGCAGCUGUCAAGGAAAGAAAGCAUCUUCUUCCAACAUACAGUCUACAGACACAAGCUAUGUGGUUUUAGUAUUUAUUAUACUAUCAAAAGUAUAAAACUGUACAAAAUAAAAAGGCAGAAUGCAGCACUGUUUUCUUCAAGCUCUCAAAGCUGUACAUGCUUUUAGGUAACUUGCUUGAUUCACUACAAUGUUACUUAAAUCCAGCUGGUCGUAUUGAGUGCUAGGAAAUUUUGAUGUACCUUUACAGAUAAAAUCCAUAAUAGUAUAGUUUUAAAGAAAGUUUCCCAAUUAGCUUCCUUACGAAUUUUCCACCCUUAUUUUGACAUUUAAUGCCCCUAAUGCCCCUUUACUCCAAGGCUUAGUCAGAAAAAAGAUGAGAUAGGAGGUAGUUCUUUGUUUACUUUAGAAAUGUCAAGUCUUGGUUUUCUGCAUCUUCAGUAGAGAGCCAGCAGAUUGCUUAAGUGGCUGAGCCCUUACUGCAAGUAACGGAAUACAAACUGAGAUUUCCCUGUAUGUAGCUUGUAAAAGAUCUUUAAAGGCCUUUCCUUUGGUGGUGAUCCCAUUCAUAGAUCCCAAAACAAGGUCUAUCCUCCCAGUGUUUUGUAUGUUUUACUUUUUCUUAGAAGCUCUGAGCUUUACUGGUUGUCCAGCAAGACUUACUGGAGUACAGCAGGGUCUUUUUUUGGGUGGCAAUUGUCACACCAGCAGACAAGCCGGCCUUUCAAAAGCAAACUGAUAGUAUACUGAUGACUGAUUAAGCUUUUUGCUCUGCAAUUAUGUUUCAAUUUCUUGAUCCUUCACUAGUUUUACGGUGUGAUGUAUUAAACUGUAUGCUAAAAGGAUGCAGGUUUUUGAAGCUCUUCAAAUCUAAGAAAACAUAUGAAGGUUUAAGUAUACUGUUUUAAAGAUUGGGUGCAUGUCAGUUGUCCCUUUCCCCCAAACUAUCCCUCCAAAGAAUUCACAUUGCAAUUUGUGUUGCUUAUCACACAGCAGCAGCUACUUGUCAGAACAGAAUAACAAGAUCUGCAUUUCUAAUACCUCAAAAGAGCACAGAAGUUUGAAAUCUUUUCAGGACUUGGUACUUAAAUUCAUAAAAACUACAUGUAACUUUUCUGCAGUUCCCCACAGGCCUCUGCCUGUUGGGCUUAUUCUUUCAAUGCCCUAUUUGUUGCUGUAAUAUUCUCACCAUAACUGUUGCCCAGCCCAGGCUACAGUGAGUUAAACUACAUUCUCCUUUUCUGAGUGAAGUUUUUACCUGCGUUUGAGACUGAUUAAAACAUUAGCAAACCGUACAUUAAGUGCUUUAAAAAAAAAUCAUUUGAGAACACAGCAAGGCUGUUAACUUUCCAGAAGUUUCAGCAGAGCUCAAUACCAUCUCUAAGAAGAGACAGCCAUUUUCAUAUACAUAAGUGUGUGUAUAUAUAUAUAUAUAUAUACAUAUACGCACAUAUGUAUACAUUUAUCAAAAGCACCAUGAAACAAUUCCUUCCUUUAAACUCACAUUGUCUUGUCAAUCUCCAGCAUUUUCAAACUGUGAGAGCAGAAUAUGUGAAUUAUGAGAGCAGAACAGAGAAGACGUUGGCUUGAGUUAGUUUACAUAGUUUUGUUUUUCCUGCAAUGGACUAGUGAAGUCCACCCAUACGAGACAUUCCUCUUCAUCUCACAUCCUGAGGUCACUGCUGCGACAACUUGGCACAGCCGGUCUUACGUCUUCCUGAUCUACUGUGAACUGUAGGCUCCUGCAGCUAGCAGCAAGUUCCUGCGUGUAAAAUGAAGGUGGACAACUGGAGUUGAUUUGGUCAUGUAUGUACCUAGUAACAAGUCCUGUGAGUUUUCAGGCAAGUUUAUGUGUCCAGUGGCUGUAGUAAAGUCAUCCGUUUCUAAAUCUUCAAAUGCUUUCACUGCAUCCCACAGCCGAACUGUGUUAUCCAUUGAACCUAAAAGGGAAAAAGGAAAGUAACAUUUAAAAGUCUUUUCCUUGCUAGACAGCAAGUUAACACAAUAGGAAUUAAAACUCACAAAGCAGAAUUGCUCAUAACUGAAUAAUAAGCCCUCAUCCUGCAAUGAAGCAUUUUUAAACAAGCCUUUAACACAGUGGAUGCACACAUAAAAGCUAUCACCUGUAAUCUAAGAGGAAUGCACUGUUGAUAAAGUGCAAAGAAGCACCUCUCAGAACACCUGGGUUUCCAUUCUAUCAACCAGCACUUGAAAAGGCAAGGCUACCUUAGGGCUACAUGCCAACUCCACCAGAUACUUAUGAUUCUAAAUCACUUAAUGACUUUCUUUUUGAAACUUGGAUAGUUUCUUUGAUAGAGGAAAGACCCCCAGUAUUUUGCAGGCCCAGUGGUCUGUGCUUUCAUUGGAGCACUGGUCAGCUGAAGGAACCAUGCAGUGGGAGCAUUCAAUCCUGUGGUAGCGGCUCACUCAGGAUUCUUAAAGCACUGCAGUUAGGAAUGGGGAACUAAAUAAAUUCCUAGCCUGGUUUCAUAAGGAAAUUACUUGGUUGCAGCUUACAGUACCUGUACAUCGUUUCUUCUAUCAGUAACUUGAACUUUUUCACUAACUUCAACUAGUUGACAGAACAGAGCAAACUUGGAAUUUACUAAAUUCCAAUGCAUUUUAAGACAACGGUUCACAGAGACGAAACUGUGCCUCCACAGAGUGAAAACAGUGACAAAGGAGCCCUACCAAAUAAGCCACCAGAGUAUCCAUGUGGACAGGCAGGAAAACCAAGCGAACUUCACAAGUUCAACCGCUUGUAAACCUGAUUGUUGAUGUUUAACUUUAUAUUAAAAAUCUAGCACAAACAAA